AUGGAUUUACUAGGAUCUAUAAUGAAUGCAAUGGACAAACCUCCAAGUUUGAGUGAAAAAGAAAAAUUAUUAAUAAAAAAGAGGAAGCAAGAAUUGGAAAAACGUCAAACUGAAGAAAAAGAAAAAUUGAAGCGUUUCAAGGAUCGGGUUGAGGCAAAACUCAUUUCUCAUUUUCAAGACCCAACAAAUAUUACACUUAAAUUUGAACACAUGGACCAAAUAUGUAGAAGUAUAGUACAUGAAGUAGCCGAAUCAUGUGGCUUAUUAUCUUUCGCUUUUGGGAUCGAUGGCGUAGAUAGAUACAUAAGAGUAUACAGGAAGGAGAACCCUCCUUGUGACGAUGAAAUUGCAGCCAGAAGAAGAGGUGAACCGUGGAAUGAAGACAUUAGACAGCGUCUUAUUGAAAAAAGAAAGCUUAAUGAACAAGAAGAAAUAAGAGGUCCGAAGAGGAAAGCUGAAAAAUUUGUUCCGAAUUCAAACUACAAAGAUAAAUAUGCUCAUCUUAUAGGUCAAGACGCAGCUCUGGAAGCAGCAAAGAAAACAGAGACCAAUAAAUCAUAUGGUUUUGUUCCUAGUGAGAAUAAAAAAGAUGUGAGGUCCAUUGAACAGACCAUGGCUGAUAUAAGAGCCAAGAAACGACAAAAAAAUGAUACAGAAACAAGCGAAGUUCCACCUGAUGUUCCUCCACACUGA